AUGGAAUUGUCAUAUAUUGUAACACUUCUAUGUCUACCAUCAAUAUUCUCUGAUCCAACAGGAUGCACUUACAACGCAGACACAGUACUUUACACUUGUAAUGCCAGACUUUGGGCACUUCCGUUAGUAUUUUCCUCCUUCACUAAUCAACCACAGAGACUGUUGCUGAAAGACGUUGAUGGAGAACUUCCGGCGUCUGCUCCUAACGGUCCAACAUUUACAGGAUUUAGUGCAAUUGACACUUCAUUGUUUGACAUCAGAUUUCCAGCGUCAUUCCACAUCAUGUGCUUUGCGAACACAAGUCUAAUCAUAUUUAAGGACACAUUUCAAGAUUUAGGAUUUAUUGACGAGGUGAUCAUUCAAGACUGUAAUAUUUUAUCACUUCCGGUGCAAGUAUUUUCGUAUUUUGGUGAGGUAAACUCGUUUAUCAUACAAGGAGGGUCAAUAAACAAUAUGGUGGCAGAUAGCUUUAAUGGACUUGACGUAAAACCAAUUCCAGCUUCACUGACCCCAAAAGGAGAAUUCGUAUUACAAAAUACCCAGGUUAUAUCUCAAAGUUUAGCGUUUGGAGUUUUCUAUAAUAUAUACAAUGUAACAACUAUGGUACUCGACAACAUCGACAUAACGUCAAUUACCAAAGACACGUUUUAUGCUAAUCCAUAUCUGACAAAUUUAACAAUCAGUAACAACAAUAUAGCUAGUCUCCCUAGUCUACUGUUUGGAUCAUCGCAUUCAUUGGAGUUCCUGUCCUUUUGGGGUUUGCCAUGGAUUUGUACUUGUAGUGAUCUCUGGAUUGUCCCUUACGUCAUCAACAACAAUAUAACCCUGUACGGAGACUUGAUAUGCUCAUCACCCGUAGCUCAAUCUAAUACAAAAGUGACGUCAUAUUAUGCAGCCAAUUGUUUGAACUAUGAUGUAUGUCAAGGAGAAGCAGGUUUCGCCUCGUCUAACACGUGUGUAAAGGCAGUUGACAUGGUAACGUACAUAUUGGCUGUACCUAUAAUAACUUUCACUGUUAUAAGUUUAGUAUGUAUCACACAGUUGUUACUGUAUGUUAAGAGAAAUGAACAAUUUAUUCGUGAAAUGAUAGAAGUUCCAAACAUUGAUACACGAGAAGAUAAGUUUGCAAAAGCAUUAGCGGCAAAAAUAGCAAAAAAUGAAGAAACUACAGAAAACCGAAGCUUUUCGCAUAAUUGGUUAGGUGCCAAACGGAAGCUUAUGAUAGCAAGAGCCUUGUCGAAAAAGAUUACUGCUAACCAAUCAGAUAAUACUUUACCUGAGCAUACAAAGCAAUGGACUAACCAAUCAAACAACCCGUUACAUGGGGAUACACAACAAUGGAAUGAAUCAUCCCAAGAGGUAUAUAGUGAUAACGAAUCAGAUAUAGAAGAUUAUGAUGAGGACUAUGAACUGCAGGAUCUAUCAACUUUACGAGGAGAAAGACUAACAAAGGCUCUGGAAGAAAAGAUAUUACGAGAUUUAGAAAAUAUUCCUGUUGUUUCAGGUAUUUGGGUUGCUGCCCCAAAGGGAGGUAAAUCUGGACUUGAGUUUUAA